UUGACAACUGUGCGCUGCAACCUCCUUCUCCUCACUGCCCCGUCUAAAUGGGGUUUGUAAUCCUCCUUCCCACUCACUCUUUUCACUCCUGGGGCAGGAAUGCCGGCUCCUGUUCUCUGUCACCUGUCAGGAUCUGUCCUCCUGUCACUGGCUUAUAUGGACAAGUCAGCCUGUCAUGUGACCCCAGCUGCUAAAAACAGCUCCGGCUCCCACUCCGAACCUGGGCCUGAGACAAUGUCCUCCACCGAAAGAAACAUGAAGGACACUUGAUCACACAGUUCUUGGAAUUAUUUCCAGGAAACACUUGUAGAGACCAUUCGGAGCAGCCUUCCCCUAGCAGUGCACAAGGCGACGGCUAGGAAAUGAGCGCAUCUUUGAAUUAUAAGUCUUUUUCCAAAGAGCAGCAGACCAUGGACAACUUGGAGAAGCAACUCAUCUGUCCCAUCUGCUUGGAGAUGUUCACAAAGCCUGUGGUCAUUCUCCCCUGUCAGCACAACCUGUGUAGGAAAUGCGCCAGUGAUAUCUUCCAGGCCUCUAAUCCGUACUUGCCCACAAGAGGAGGCACCACCGUGGCAUCGGGAGGCCGAUUCCGCUGCCCAUCCUGCAGGCAUGAAGUGGUUUUGGACAGACAUGGGAUAUAUGGACUUCAGAGGAACUUGCUGGUGGAAAAUAUCAUUGACAUCUACAAGCAGGAGUCCACCAGACCAGAAAAGAAGUCCGACCAGCCCAGGUGCGAGGAGCAUGAAGAGGAACGCAUCAACAUCUACUGCCUGAACUGCGAGGUGCCCACCUGCUCUCUAUGCAAGAUCUUUGGGGCACACAAGGACUGCCAGGUGGCUCCCCUCACUCACGUGUUCCAGAGGCAGAAGUCUGAGCUCAGUGAUGGCAUUGCUGUCCUUGUGGGAAGCAAUGAUCGAGUCCAGGGAGUGAUCAGCCAGCUGGAGGACACCUGUAAAACUAUUGAGGAAUGCUGCAAAAAACAGAAACAGGAACUUUGUGAGAAGUUUGAUUACCUGUAUGGCAUCCUGGAGGAGAGGAAGAACGAGAUGACCCAAGUCAUCACCCGAACCCAAGGGGAGAAACUGGAACAUGUCCGUGCUCUGAUCAAAAAGUAUUCUGAUCACUUGGAGAAUGUAUCAAAGUUGGUUGAGUCAGGAAUCCAGUUCAUGGAUGAGCCAGAAAUGGCAGUGUUUCUGCAGAAUGCCAAAACCCUGUUACAAAAAAUUUCUGAAGCAUCGAAGGCAUUUCAAAUGGAGAAAAUAGAGCAUGGUUAUGAGAACAUGAACCACUUCACAGUCAACCUCAAUAGAGAAGAAAAAAUAAUACGCGAAAUUGAUUUUUACAGAGAGGAAGAGGAAGAAGAAGCAGAAGAAGGAGAGGGAGAAGGAGAAGAAGGAGGAGGGGGAGGAGGAGGAAGAGAAGAAGGAGAAGGACAAGGAGAAGUAGAAGAAGGAGUAAAUUUGGAAGAGGUAGAAGGAGUAAAUUUGGAAGAGAUAGAAAAUGUUCGAACAGAGCCAUCAGAAGAAGAUGAAAGUCUGCAGAAAGCCUUGGAGCCCUCUCAGCUGGUCUCAGAGCUCCAGGCUGCCCCAGUGACACUUCCUGCUUCCUCUCCAGAGCCACCUCCUGCCCUGCCACCUGCUACAGAUGCCCCGGGCACCCAGGGGGAGGUUGUACCCACUGGCUCUCAGCAGACCACAGAGUCUGAAACUCCAGUCCCUGCAGCAACGGACACUGCGGAUCCCUUGCUUUACCCUGGUUGGUAUAAAGGCCAAACCCGGAAAGCUACUACCAACCCACCUUCCACCCCAGUGAGCGAAGGUCUGGGGCACGUAGGGCCUCCAGAUUCUGAGGAUUCGAAUGUGCAGAAGGCAGAAGGGGCAGAAGCCACAGCCAGUGAGAGGGCAGCAGUGAGUGGUAAGGCAACUAGUUCACCUGCAGCUACUUCUCAGAUUGGAUUUGAAGAACCCCCCCUCCAGGGCCAGGCUGCAGCCUCAGGGAGUGGGAACGGAGCUGAUUCUGAGCCAGCUCGCCAUGUCUUCUCCUUUUCCUGGUUGAACUCCCUGAAUGAAUGAUGUUCAUUCCAACUGCUGCCUCUGCGUCUGCCUGGCUGAAAUGCACACAGGCAGCAGAGAACCUAGAUGAAAUUAAAAUGAUGCAGAUGAUAAAAGGGACCUCAGAAGAUUUCUGCAAAAA